AUCGAGUUUAGAAUUAUCAUAAAUAACGAUAAUCAAAGUCCUUCUUUUUUACUUGUGAAUCAGUUAAAUAUCAGCCAUGAAUGAAUUACAUUUGCUAGUAUGCUUUCUAAUUAGUUCGUGUGUUUGCUGGAACUGGCAAGAACCUUCUCCAGAUAUAAUUCCAGUACCUGGAGGACUAUCCGGUGAUGCUGUAACUACACGUUACUGGGACUGCUGCGGGGUGUCUUGUAGCUGGGACGAAAUCGUCGAUACAAAAAACGGUCUACCUGUCAGAUCAUGUGAAAUAGACGGAAUCACUAAUAGUACUACUGAAAAUAACGCGCAAUCUAAUUGCCAUACAGAAAAUGGAAAAGCUUAUACUUGCAGCAACCAAAUUCCAUUUAUAAUUAAUUCAACGUUAUCCUACGGUUUUACAGCUGUCUCUUUUAUUGGUGGUACUGAUUAUUACCACUGCUGCUCCUGCUACCUUUUGAGUUUCAAAGGGCAACUACAAGGUAAACAGAUGCUGGUACAAGCAAUAAACACCGGUAGUGACUUGUAUUCGAAUCAGUUUGAUCUUCAAAUUCCCGGUGGGGGAGUUGGAUUAUAUAACGGCUGCUCGCGGCAAUGGAACGCUCCUGAAGAUGGUUGGGGUGAUAGAUAUGGAGGUGUUCAUACGUUAGAAGAAUGUAACCAGUUACCCCAGCAGCUACAAGAAGGUUGUAGAUGGAGGUUUGAAUUUAUGGAAGGAGUACCAAAUCCAAACGUUACGUUUUAUGAAGUUAAAUGCCCUUUGGAAUUGAUCGCGAUCACAAAUUGUGGAGAUAUAGAUUGAUUCUUAUUAAAAAUGUGUUUGUAUUAGAUAUAUAAAUACUUCUAAUAAAAGAAAUUACAAUUCUC